AUUGUUGUAACAGCAAAGACACGAUUGGCAAACAAAGUCUUCAUGCACCUGAUGGUCACCAAUAUUUGCGUCUUCUUUGCCUACUCCGCAAUGGACACUGCAGAAGAUUUCGGCGAAUCAUCGAAAGACAGCGAGGAAAACUCAACCGAAACAUCAGAAACCACCGAGGCCAAAUGUCGUUCCAUAAAGACUAUCUUCGAUCAAGCCUCGCCUUAUUUAUAUCCAUUUGUGUUAGAGUACAGCGUUAUUGGAGCCACUCUAAUGUACAUCAUAUUCACAAGCAUCGGUGCCCCAGCGGAAAACUCAUCCGAAGACCAUGAAGGCCGCAGAGCAAUGAAAACAUCGUUCAAGCAUUCUUGGCAGAGGCCCUCCUCAAUUGGCGCUCUCUUAGGAGUCUCUGUUGCUAUGGUUACAUUUGCGGUUCUCGUUUACUUUCUAAUCUCUCUUGACAAUGGCGAGAACUCUGAGUCGGAAAACAGCGAGCUUGCUUAUACUCUGUAUCUUUGUCUGGAGAUAUUUCUGCUCUUGGUGAAUUCAAUCACAGUGUUGGUGGCGUUGCGUUAUAUGAGAAAUGCAGUUUAUCUAGGAAUGGAAACCGACACAGUGGAUGACAAUCUUUUAUUUAUGGCAACAUUUGGAGCUUAUCUGCAGUACACUUUUAUCGCCAUGCCAAACAUUUGGUACAUUAGUCAAGGACACCCCGAUCACUUGAAUGCCAUUUUGGCUCUACUUCUCGUUGUUUUGGGGUUAAUCCAGGCAACUUUACAAACGGCAUUCCUAGCCGACAAUGACCGUCGUGACCCGGAAGUAAUUCCCUCCGGAAGAAGUGUUGUGCACGCGAAGGGGCGGGGUCUGCUGGUUUUUCUUAUAAUAUGUAAUCUGAGCCUGUGGCUCUGCAGCACAUUUGGUCUUAAAAAGGCAGAAGAACAUAUAUUGUUCCAUUCGUUUUACGGAGAACUUCCAUGGAAGAUAGUUCACAAUCUAACGGCGCCCAUUAUUAUUUUCUUCAGAAUUCAUUCCGCAGCAGUGAUGUCUGUAUGUUGGACAAAGGCGCACGAAAAACAAGACUAAUUGCGGGAUUAAGUCACAGUUAAAAGAAAAACACGUCCAUUUCAUAGAAUGCAGGAUAUAUUGUGGGAUAUUAAAUACAUAAAUCCAGUACACAAAUAACAUUGUUGAAAGUCAAACGGUUCGGUUGGUGUUUCAGCUCGGGAUACAAAUCAUUGUGAACAAUUUUCAAAAUAGUUCCCUGUUAGUUAGAUCCAUAGUCUGGAGAUUAAUUGGAAUUUCAGCUGUAAAUUCUUUGGAGUGUAGUUGUCUUAUAAAUUGACAAGUAAAUAAAUAAGUUGUAAAAAAAUAAAUAAAGUGAGGUACAUGCACACAAUAUAUCACUUAUUUCAGUCCAGUGCCUCUUAUACAUAAAUAUCGAAAGAGUAACUAUCGUCUUCUGAUUCGCCAGCGAAUCUAUUUAUUCAGCCGUAACUUUUCUAUGCCCCCUGUCAUUCGAACGAUAAACAACUUAUCAAACGUCUACAAAGUGGCAUGAGUGUAAUAAUAAAAACGGGCCUUAAUCUCAAAUGAAUGAGUGACGGUAAACUGGGAUAAUUAUUAACUUAUAUUUAAAAUAAGAGAGAAAUAAAAUGGAAUGAUGGCUCUAUGGCAAUCUUACUUAAACAAAUACCGGUAAGGUACCACAUUGCUCCUAUUACAGAUAUAUAAUACCGUAUAAAAUAGAUUGCAUACCAAAUAGCAACCAAUAAUGUCGUCUUAAAUCCUGGGAGGUUGUGAGAGCCAAUUUAAAAACUUUAAGUCUAUAUGUCUCACGAGAAUUUUGCAUACAAAAUAUUCAGUACCAUAAAGUUAUUGUAAUUUAUAAUAUUUUUUUCGAAAAAGAUGUAAAGGUUCCCCCACCGGGUCUCACUGAAUGAGGUUAAAGGCUAUAGACACCAAAAUUCACUUCCGUUCUGUCUGAAAAAUGGGCAUGGAUAUUUCAAACUAUUGCCCACUGAAUUAAAAAGCAUAAAAAUUUCGUAUAAAUGCCACUUUCAUAGACGGCCAUGUGCUGCCCCCAGUGAAGUUUGAUACUGAGAACCAUUUUGAAGUGUUUUUCCUUUGUGUGUUGUCAGUCAGUCUGCCACCAAGGCAAAAACUUCCCCUUUCCAUUUUCUGAUAAAGAUGGUGUCACACAGGAGGAGGAUAGUCACAAUACUUUUUAAAAACAGAUGCCUCUACAGGUAAGGCACUGAUUCAGUGCAUGCGAUAAACAUCGAAUCAUUUUUGUUGGUCUCGCUGCAUUUUUCCGGUUUUUCCCGCCACCUUCCAGAUGGUCAAAUGCAUUUUGUGAGUCCAUCCUUGA